GUGGUGUUGACACAAGCAGGACUGGACAGACCAGUCAGUGAGAAGUCUGCAGGGGUGUCCUGUCACGUUCACAGCUCUGGAGCAAGGCUAUAAGAUGCCCCGCUGCCCUGCAGAUCCAUCACUUCAUUGAACUUGACUCACAAUAAGAAGCUGAAAUCAUGUCUAAAAUGGUUGUGACCCAGCCGAGGCCCUUCAUUACAACUUCCAUAUCCAAUGAAUGGACCUCUGGCAUCUGUCAGUGCUUCCAAGACCUGCCCCAGUGUUGCUUGGCCUUCUGGUGUCUUCCUUGCUUCUACUGUAAGACGGCCAAAGAGGCCGGGGAGUGUGUGUGUUUACCUCUGCUGGAUGGUUGUGGAUGCAUCCCUCCUAUAGCCACAGCCGUCAGGGUGUCGGUACGCCAACGUUACGGCAUUGAGGGCACGGUUUGCAAUGACUGUGUGUACGCCUGCUGCUGCGGGCCUUGCAGCUGGUGCCAAAUAGCAAGAGAGAUCAAAACAAGGAGGAAUCCCAUGCUAUAGAUGAGAACAAUAAGCUGCUGGAGCAUCAACACCAUCAACGUCAUGGCCACCAUCAAUGGUGUCUCUUCAUCAUUAGCUUUUUGGGAGUAAGACGGGAUAAGUACACUGAUUUGUGAUCUAUUUAAGCAUGUCUGCCUGUAUGGAAUGUACUGUAGCUGGUUAAAAAUCACCACAUGAGGGUCAUAAGUGUUGGAUUACUCAAUGACAGUAAGAUAAGACAAGCAGACACUUGACCUCUAUGACUGUAAUAACAUUGCACACAAAUUUCACUAGAGAUCUAAACCCUCUACACUGUCAUCCCAAAUUAGUUGCUUUACUGGAAAUUUACGUGGAAACCAGUUGCCUUAAACCGUCUAAGUUCUGCACAAGGUGAAACUUUACAGGUCAAGUUGUAUUAACACAGAGCGGUUCGUUCAUGCUGUAGACAAAUCAACUUUACAUUAGUAUUUUAAUAUUAUACAAAUAUUUAUUUUCUGGAGUCAAGUUGCCUAAAAUAAGCAUGUUAAGAAACACAAGAAAAUUUAAACAUUAGGCUACAUAUUUCACUAGUACAGACAUAAUUUGUUGAUAUAUACAUAGAUUUGUUUUCUUC